AUGGCGAAGGCGAAGAAAACUCGAAAAUUCGCAGUCAUGAAGAAGAUAGUCAGCUCUAAAACACUUCAGAAGUAGGUUUAUCCCUUGGUGUUGUUCUCUUCUUCUUCGUCUUCCGCUCUCUGGCCCUCUUGAUGAGUCUAAUCGUCUCCUAGCGUGCUUUUCGGUUGACCGUUUCAGGUACAAGGAGGAGGUCCUUAACCCUAAGACGAAGGAUCUCGAGAAGGAGAAUCUCCCGCGCAAUGUGUACGUUAUCUUUCUCCCCUCCGCCAAUUCUGCCGCAUUUCGUCCAUUGUCUAUGUGCCUUCUUUUCAUUUGCUAAGGCGUUUUCUUCUCUUCCUCCGAUUUCUCUUCGUUACGUCUAGGCCGGCGGUCUCGUCGGCACUGUUCUUCAAGUACAAUACCGCUUUGGGGCCUCCCUAUCGAGUUAUUGUCGAUACUAACUUCAUCAACUUUUCCAUACGGAACAAGGUCCGUUCUCGACAUUACGGUUAUUUAACUUUGUACGUAUCGGCAUCUUUCUGUGACCAUAGUCUCAACUUUUACAUGUCUACCUGCAUAAUAUAAUUAUAAAUAGUCUUGGAUUUGUUAUUCUUCAGGUGGGACGAAGCAUAAUUACUAGUACAGUGGCUUGUUAAUCGUCAAAAACUAACGCAAUAAGAAGCGAUGCUCUCUCAAUGUUUCUCAUAUCCUUUUUUUGUACCAAUGAUGCUAAAAUCACCAUAAUUAUCCCUUGUCAACAAUUGAGCUGCAACUGAAAGGUAGAAACAAAUGGAGGAGAGGUGAAAAACAUAGGGAGAAACUUUCUUUGACCCUGGCGGAGAAUCAUUGUGUUGCUACAUAUGUAACACAAAAAUGCCUUGGACAUUCAUGUUAGUUAUUAGAAAAUAAUGGAGGAACCUGGGAGCUCUGGCAAGUGCUUUUCCUUUCAGGAUUUUGAGAUUGUUCAUCAGGGAAUGAGAGUUUUAUGUACACUAGGUUCGCCAUAAAUGAAGAGUUGCUUAGUCUUUAUGGGUCUUCUAAAAGCUAAUUGACACGCUAUCCAAUCUAAAAGUACAUAUCAAGGAGAGAGGUAGGAGGAUGAUUGUUCCAUAUUCUUCCGGAAUGCCUGUGAUUUUGGAAGAUUUUUUUUUGGGGAAACAUGUUGUGUUUCUACGGGCAUGAAAUUAGACUAAUUAGGUUUCAGCCUGUAACCUCCAAGGUUCUGUCUAUUUUAGCUCUUCCAGAACUUAGCUAUUCCUGAGUGGCUAAUAUUGCCAUCUCUUUUCUCUGGUUCUAGGCUACUUUAUAUCUUGCACAAAUAGAGCAUAUGUUUGAUUCGUUUUAGCUUUAGUUUUCGUUGGCUGUUGUAGAUAUAGUUAUGUAGUUUGCAUUAACUUCAGUUUCUUCGUAGCUUUGUAUCCUCCACAAGUAAACAUUACCACUCAGAAAGCUAAGCCUUCUUUCUCAUGUGGGUGAAAUGUUUUGAUCGUUAGUGACUAAAUGGGCAUUUGAUAGUUGGAAGUGCGAAUGCAUCAGAAGAUGUCGAGUGCUAUUCACAAAUGAGUGCAACGGCUCUCUUGCUUACAAUGUUACACCAUUCACGAUGAUUUUAUGGAUUUUUUGCAGUGCUGAUCUCUGAUAUGGCUAUGGCCUUAUUAGUUAUUCUCAUUUAGUUUAGGCAGAUGUAGCUCAAUGGCUUGGGUAAGUUUUGUCAAGAUGGAGACAAUGCUUAUCAUUAGGUUCAAUUUUCAAUUUUUGUGAAAAAAAGUUUAGAUUGAGCGCAUUCGGUAGAUUGGUCCCAAAAUGUUGCCAUCGUGAUCGAAUAAUUAAUGAUCAUAUUGCAUGUGGCUCGCUUGAGUUUAACCGUAAUAAAAUAAGUGGUCAUGUUUUUGGCACAAUACUACAGUUUGAUUUUUUGUAGAGUAGAUUUACUUCGGUAACGAGAGUAUUAUUGAUCAUGCGAAUAGAGGAACCAUUAUCAUGUGAUCACGUUUGUCUUAUAUUAAUCUCAUUGCAUGAACCUUAAAACGGAAUGAAAUAAUGGAAUCUGUUUGACACUGGAAUAUUUCUUUUUAUAGCCAUGCCGUAUGGUAUCUUCAUCCUCGUCGGAUCCAAGAGAAACUUCAUUAAUGUUUACACAGAAGAAAUCCACUAAAGUCAAGAAAAUACUUCAUACACCAAGCAAAUAGUAGUGCUGUCUUCUCCACAAUGAGUUGUAGAGCUUAGGUUGCCCUGCUGCUUCCCAGUCACCUGCGUUGCAAGCAUCUAAGAACCAAUACGUGAAUUUUGAGUAUCAAUGGCAUAAACAGACUUCUUAUCCAAAUCUCCAGAAGUCUAUCCUUGUCGAUGUAUGCCUGGUUCCAGUAAGAAAUCAAGCAAGAACAGUGAUAUUAUUUCUCCAAAAAUCGGCAAAAACAAUGAGUAGGGAUAAUUUGGUAACCGACUUUUUCUUUACAUAUACUAGCGCAAAUUAUGCAGUCUGAUGGACUGAUUGCAGUUUUUCUCAGACUCUCUGAUAACGUUGUGGUCAUUUAUCUAAUAGUAGAUGACUAGUGUUUGUUCCGGUGCUUCAAUUACAGAGAAAAAAGUGACCUAUUAUAAUGUCUUUUUAUUGCUAAAGCUCUCGUGUGAGAUGAUCGUUACUUCAUUUUAUGGAGGCUCACAUUUCAUGCAUUACUGUGCAGUUGGACCUGCAAGAUGCUAUGGUCGAAUGCUUAUAUGCCAAAUGUGAGAUGCCAAUGACCGGAUUACCUAGCUUCGUUAUUACUUUCCAAUCCCAAUGUUCUUUUAACAUUUCAAUGAGACGUAUUUUUCCCAAUAUUUGACCUCGUGUUGCUUCAUGUUCAUCAUUUACUUCUUCAGGCACUCCCUGUAUCACAGAUUGUGUGAUGGCUGAGCUCGAGAAAUUAGGUCAGAAAUAUCGUGUUGCCCUAAGGUAUUUGAUUUAAUUCUGACUUAAUUCUCUCCUUCUUGACUAUUAUCCAUCUUCGCUUCAUCAUGCAUCCUUAUAAUCUCAGGAUUGCCAAGGAUCCCCGGUUCGAGAGACUUCCAUGCACACACAAAGGAACUUACGCGGAUGAUUGUAUUGUUGAUAGGGUCACUCAGGUACAUAAUCCUAUCCCAAUCGCCUUUAUGUAUCAGCUUUGCGAGACGUCGUUGACUUUUGGACUGACGAUUCACAACGCUCAUAGUUUUCUAAAACGGCAUAAAUCAUUGAGAGAAAGAAACCCAAAAUAUUCAUCUAUGUUACUAAUUUCCCACCUAUUUCUCUCUCGUUUUGUGAACAGCACAAAUGCUAUCUUGUAGCAACAUGCGACAGAGACUUGAAGCGAAGAAUCCGAAAGGUAUUGGAUGAUCGUUUGACUUAACCACAUCUCAGCUCUCCAUCCGGCCGUCUAAGCUUUCUAUCUCUUCACGAUGGUAUCACAGAUUCCUGGAGUCCCGAUCAUGUACAUCACUAAGCACAAGUACUCGAUUGAGCGCCUUCCAGAAGCAACCAUGGGUGGAGGUACCUCUCUCAACCCCUUUCACGCCAGCUUUGUCAGUCUAGAUUAACUGAAGAGGCUCGUCGGAUUUGUUGGUCCCCAGCUCCGAGGGUGUAA